AACCACCGUUGAAAGUGGUGUGAUCACAUCUUUAUUACCCCCUCCUGUUUUCAUUACCCCACUCCUUUCUCCCGGUAUUUGUGUCCUCCCACUGCUUCGGCUGUGAACAGCUGUGGGCGAGACGGGCGAGUGACAUAACGUGCCACAGGCUCGGAGGACUUUUUCUUGCUAAGCGGGUUGUCAACGGCAGGCGAACUUCACACAGAUGAUGUGGCUGCUGAUAUUUUUGGGGCUGCUUGCACCUGGACUGGUCCAUGGCAGGCUGUUCAAGGAGAAAGGGCUGGACCCUGAAGUUAAUAUGAACAUAAGUGAGCUCAUCAGGCACUGGGGUUAUCCAGCAGAAGAAUUUGAGGUGGUCACGCAAGACGGUUACAUCUUGAGCGUCAACAGAAUCCCACAUGGCAUCAAAAACAAGGCCUGGCAAGUUCCGAAGCCUGUGGUGUUCCUCCAGCAUGGUCUUCUGGCUGCUGGGAGUAACUGGGUGACCAACCCCCCCAAUACCAGCCUUGGCUUCGUCCUGGCUGAUGCAGGCUUUGACGUUUGGCUGGGUAACAGCCGAGGGAACACCUGGUCAAGAAAACAUGUUAUCCUCACUCCUGAUCAAAAUCAAUACUGGGAGUUUAGCCAUGAUGAAAUGGCUAAGAAGGACCUUCCAGCAGUGAUAAACUUCAUCACAAAGACCACAGGACAGGAGAAGAUCUUCUAUGUUGGCCAUUCUCAGGGAACCACUAUUGGCUUUAUGGCAUUUUCAGCAAUGCCACAGCUGGCUAGCAAAAUCAAGAUGUUUUUCGCUCUGGCCCCUGUAGCCACAGUAACCUUCACAAGCAGUCCAAUGACCAAACUGAGCGUCUUCCCAGAACCAUUGAUUUGGGACCUCUUCGGAAGGAAAGACUUUUUCCCCCAAAAUGAACUCAUCAAGUUUUUCGCCACAGAAUUUUGCUCUAAAAAGCCAAUCAGUCUGUUGUGUGGAAACAUAUUCUUCCUCCUGUGUGGCUUUGAUGAGAAGAACCUGAACAUGACCAGAACGCCUGUGUACACAACACACUGCCCAGCUGGAACAUCUGUCCAGAACAUGGUGCACUGGUCUCAGGCUGUGAAAAGUGGGAAACUGAUGGCAUACAACUAUGGAAAAGCUGGAAAUAUUGUUCAUUACAACCAGACAACCCCUCCUGAGUACAACGUGAAGGACAUGAAGGUGCCCACAGCACUGUGGUCAGGAGGACAGGACACUCUGGCAGACCCACAGGACGUUGCAGUGCUGCUUACACAGAUUCCUAACCUGGUGUACCAUCACCACAUCAAGCACUGGGAGCACUUGGACUUCAUCUGGGGUUUGGAUGCUCCUCAGGAGAUGUACAACAAAAUGAUCAAACUCAUGAGAGAGCACAUGUGACUGUUUCCAUUUCCUUUUAGCUUUCAGCUUUAAGCAACAGUGCUAAAAAGCUUCCUGACAUCUCUCAGGGUUUUAGAUGAUGAUUUCUUUUAACUCUAAAACACCAGCACAAAGGUUUGCAUUCCAUUCUGUGGGCUGCAAGGAAUGUCUUCUUUUUAAGUUUUAUUUGACAUCUAACACAAUAUGUUUAGUGAUGGUGCUGCUAACAUGUAAGCCUUUGUGAAUGUACAUGUCUUUGACUCUGAUGAGUCAUUUGUCAGUAAGGUUAAUCUCUGUACUUCUUACACCAGCUCUCCACCAGAUGGACCUUUCUGAAGAUUUUCUUCUACAUGCAUUUGCUGGAUUUUAACCUCUAAUUGCAACAUAAUAAUGUGAUUUUUUUUUUUUUGUCAUUCUGUCAUUUGUUUAGCUUGAUCUGAGUGCACUGACCAGGACAUGCCUUUCUUCUUGGAAUCGGUGGAUUUAAACCUAAUAAACAUCCACUGAUACAUUACAGCUGA